UUAUAUUUCGCAGUCUCGUCUCAGAUUAUAAACACCCUGUAGUCCUAGCGCGCUAUACCUUGCCUACGACGUUUAAAGAAAUACAAGUUUUUUGUUUAUUAGUCACCGGUAUUUCUUUAUCACUUCCCGAACUUGAUUUAUCUUCAUUCUAGUUCGUCGUACCGCGCCUAUAAGACGUUAUUUUCGGUUAUUUUAAAAAUAAGUGAAAACGUGAAAACAGUGAAAAAUAUUCGAGGGCUUUAAGAAUAUGGGGAAUAAUAAAAGACACAGGAAUGAUAAACUGGACAAAUUCCAGCGGAAACUUAGAAAAAUUCAAAAAGAGUUGGAAUCAAUUCGCCAAAGUUCGAGUUCAAGUUCAAGUGAAUCUGAGAGCGAUUACGAUUCUCAAGUUAGUUAUCAGGAAGUACUUUCUCCUGUUCCUGACGAGUUGCAACCAAUAAUGGAACAACCGGUGGUGGACGCCGUAGAGAUAUUAGGAGUGGACCCGUUGGCUACUAGGCCAACAGGCCCGGACGUGCAUGAGCAAAUUGCAAGCAGAUGGACCAUAUUUCUGCAGAAGGGUAUAGAGAAGGUAGAUCGAAAAGAGCUAACCGAGAAAUAUCCACCUCCUAACAACGUGCCAGCCCUGAAUCCACCCAAGAUGAACCCCGAAAUUCAAGGAUGCUUAACAGAAAACCUAAACAAGCAGGACAGCUUCCUGACAAAAGUACAGGAACAACUGAGUGCCGCGAUAUGCGCAGUAGCCAUUCCGCUCAACACUUUUUUCUCAUCAGCUGCAGAUGAUACUAAUCCACAUCUUCUGCACUUAGCAAACGCAGCUAAACUUUUGGCAGAUGUUCAUCAUACAAUCUCCUCGCAUCGACGAUAUGGCGUAUCCGGGACCCUGGAUCACUCGGUCAAGAAAACAGUCAUGGACAGGCCAAUUGAUGAGUGGCUUUUUGGGAGCAACCUCGGCGAUAAUGUCAAAAGUACCAAGGAAAUUCAAAAGGCAUCGGCUGAUUUGAAAUUGAAACGAAUCAACCGGCCAACUUAUCGUCCGAAUUCGAUACAGAGCAACCAACCCACAACGUCAUCAGCAACUCCUUUAAACUUCAAGCGCCAAUCGAGCAAAUUUCGACGCAAAAAAGAGGAGGGAGGCAGGAAGGACAGGCCAGUCCAGCAACAGCGAUGGGGAGGGGAGAAGAGGAAAGAACCACCACGCAGGAGAACGUAG